AUGACUCCACACAAGUGGUUUCUCAUCAUUGUCAUCGUCAUCACCACCAUCUACAUCCUCCUCCUCCUCUUCAUCAGCACCAUCAUCGGUAUCACCACCGUCAUCAUCAAGAACCAGGUACCUGACCAGCUUGCCGAGGACCUGGAGGGCAGCUGGGGAGGCCCCAUCACAAGCUCCCCCAUCACUUUUAUUAAAAUGGUGCAGCCUCAGGAAGUUGACAGUGUUGAUCAGGGCCCUCUGGGGUCCUGCUUGCUUAACAGGGAAAUGAGUAGGAGGGGGACAGUCAUGAGAAGGGAACCGGAUACCUGCCAGGAUGCGUCAGCCGCUGUUAGGUUGACUUUUGUGUGCAAAGAAGCUGGAUCUGAGAAGACUGAGAGGGUGUGGAAGCCACUGGGUUCAUCUGCUGAGGAGUUAACAGGUACAUUCAACAACCCCUGCUCGGUGCUGUGA